AUGACGUGCGCAAGCUUCUUAAUAUCAGUUCAUGCACUUGUGGAAAAUGAGCCUUUUGGUAGUGCAACUUGCCUCAUGAACGCAGAUGCUAAGCACAUUGAAAGCUUGGUAGGAGCUUCUCCUUUGGAGCUUAGAGCAAUAAAUGUAGAUCUCCAAACUGAUGCUGCUCUGCAAGUGGAUAUUUCAGAUGCACUCAGUGAGAGGGACAAAGUGAAAUUCACUGUCCAUACAAAGAGUUCCUUACCAAAUUUCAAACAAAAUGAAUUUUCUGUCGUUCGUCAACAUGAAGAGUUUAUUUGGCUUCAUGAUUCCUUUGUUGAGAAUGAAGACUAUGCUGGCUAUAUUAUUCCUCCAGCACCACCCAGGCCUGACUUUGAUGCCUCAAGGGAGAAAUUGCAGAAACUUGGAGAAGGGGAAGGAUCAAUGACUAAAGAGGAAUUCACCAAGAUGAAACAAGAACUGGAGGCGGGUUGGAUAACACAGAAAACUUGGGGUUUCUUCUACUGCCACCUCCAUCCUCUGCAUCCUCCUUUUUUGUCUUCACUGAAUGACUACUACACUCACGGAGAUCAAACAUCUCCCAACACUGGCCCUGCUGGUUUGCUGUGAAUAUUUGGCAAUAUUCAAGAAGACGGUUGCGAUGCAUGAGGUGUUUUUGUGUCGUGUAGCAGCACAUCCCAUUUUGAGAAAGGAUUUAAAUUUCCAUGUCUUCUUGGAAUAUAAUCAGGAUGUGAGUAUU